ACCCCUCUGCAGCCACCCAUGGGCAAUCUUCCGCGAGACAGAGUCAAUCCAGCGCGACCUUUCUUGCACACUGGAGUGGACUACGCCGGGCCCAUUUCCAUUCGAACCAGCAAAGGACGAGGCCAGCGAGCUCACAAAGCCUUUAUCGCCAUCUUUGUUUGUCUAAGCUCCAAAGCCGUGCACAUUGAGGUGGUGUCAGAUUACACAGCCGACGUCUUCCUGGCAGCACUUCAAAGAUUUACCUCACGGCGGGACUUGUGCACCGACCUUUACUCCGACUGUGGCACUAAUUUUAUUGGCGCAGACAAGCAGCUCAGGGACUUCUUUCGCGCCUCGUCCUCAGCCAGCAUCAACAUUGCCAACGCCACUUCUAAUGACAACAUUCGAUGGCACUUCAACCCACUGUCUGCGCCGCACUUCGGUGGCCUCUGGGAAGCUGCGGUGAAAUCAACCAAGCACCACAUGCGGCGUGUCAUCGGCGACUCGACACUCACCUACGAGAAAAUGAGCACAUUUCUUACGCAAGUGGAGGCGUGCUUAAACUCCAGGCAACUACAACCACUCUCCGAUGACCCCGACGACGUAUCCGCACUCACUCCAGGUCACUUACUGAUCGGCGGUCCGCUCAUCUCCAUCCCGGAACCUUCACUUACCAGGACAGUCGAAUCUUCCCUGUCUCGCUGGCAGCACCUGCAAAAGAUGCGUGAUCACUUUUGGCAGCGGUGGUCACGCGAAUAUCUACACGCCCUUGCAAUUUGUCCUAAGUGGCACAAGUCCGAUCAUACCCUGCAAUUAGGAUCACUGUGCCUCAUCCGAUCAGAGACAACUUCACCAAGCCGAUGGCCUUUAGCCCGCGUCACAAGCCUCCACCCCGGUGAGGACGGCGUCACGCGAGUAGCGACCGUCAAGACAGCAUCGUCAGAGCUCCUACGGCCUCUCGUCAAGUUGGUUUUGCUGCCGGUGGACAACGUCGACGCUUGGACAACCUAAACCUGUUAACCAUGAAAUGGCAUCCUCGUAGCUUACCGUGUACGCGCCUUCGCGUUUCCGCUCUCUCCAUAUCACUCCUCUUUUCGUGCACCUGAACCACCACGUGUCACCAACGUCUUUCAUUCAUCAUAACACAGACUCGUCUCAAGUACAACACUGCGCAUCCGCGAUCUAGCCCAUCAAUCAAUCGCAGAUCGAUAAUCGACCCGCGCCACCAGCGAGACGCCUGCCGCUCCAUCUUACUUCGUCGCAGCGCGACGAGGCGGGCGGGAAUGUUCAAGACUCUGCGUGAAUCUCUCAACAUUAGGAGACUCACGCAAAACGAUGCUCGGAAGACGACGGGAAUUCGACAGCACACAUCGUGAGCCUGGCGAAUAUUUAUUGUUUAUCCGCUUAAUCCCGUUGUUUUCUCCACGCUAAGAACACGCUGUGUGCACUACACGAUCACCCGUUGCCGAGCUGCGCAUAGUGCGUUGACUCUUGUAGCGCCGCUUUCGGGAUGCGCUCGAGAGCCAAUCGCGGGUGAAGGCGCGAAAGCGCGCAUGGCAAAGGCGCUCUCGAGCGAAAAGGAGCUCCUCCUUUUGCCCCUUCGGUCGUCGCGAUGUUUUUGGAGAGUUCAUCACUCUUUUGAGAGAACUCCGCCGAUCUAGUAAAAGUCAACGGCAGUAUCUUUUCCGGAGUCAAGUCCGAAAAGCGUCUCGCGAACCUUACCCGCUCCGCGCGCGAGUGAUAACCUUCGUGAUUAACGUGCCUACAAUUAAGAACUCUGCAUUAAAUGUAAAUAAAAUCAGUUUUUGUGUGACUUUAAAAUACAUUGAAUGAAACUAAUUAUAAUUGAUAUCUAUUGAUAUCUCAUCCGCUCAACCGCUUUCCUCCUCCUUGGCGCUGUCGCAAACACU